AACAAGUUUUGAGUAUUCGUAAAUCCUAACACAAUUAAAUGAUAAUGAGAAAAGCCCUGUCGCCCGUGACUAAUUUCAGUCACUGAAACUGAAUAAAAGUUGGUCGGACAUGAGUACAUACUUAAAGCGAUACAAUCCAAUAAAAAUGAUUACUAUUUUCUAAAGUUACGUAUCUAAUUGGAGAAAACAAUACAAUUCUAAACGUUUGAAGUGUUGUUGAUCAACUUUUGGAUUGGUGAGGAUGGCUGAUGGACCGGUGACUCUGACCAAGGAAGAUAAAGAGAGGAUAGAGAAAAAUCGCCAACAAGCCCUCUCGAUACGAAUGAAAAAAAGCAGCAAAUUCAACAAAGUACCAAUUGUUGAAACUAUAAAGAAAAACAUCAUAUCCAUUAAUGGAAAUCAAUUCCGGGACACCUGCGGUGGCUUUUUAAUAGAGGAAACACAAGCAACUCCAAAAACUACGGAAUCUGAUGACAAUACGUUUGAACUACUAGACAUCACAACUCAUAUCUGCAAAGAAUGUCAGAAAGAGUUUUUUGAAUCUUAUCUUUACAAAUAUUUUGAGUUUAACGUCUGCGAUGGUUGCCGGGACAGUGACACGAAGUAUUCGCUAAUAACACGAUCUGAUCUCAAAAAAGAGUAUUUGCUCAAAGAUUGUGACAUCGAUAAACGAGAGCCACCAUUAAAAUUCAUCAGCAAAAAGAACCCUCAUAAUCAAAUGUGGGGAGAUAUGAAGUUGUAUUUAUUACCUCAAGUUAUCGAAAGAGCUAUCGAAGUUUGGGGAUCGCUUGAAAAGUUGGAAGAAGAGCAUUCGGGAAGAGUGCAUAAGAGGGUAGAACAAAAGGCCAAAAAAUACAACAAAAAUCUAAAAGAUGCAAGACAAGAAUUUCAGAAGCGAUUUUGUACACUAGCUUCAUAUUUAUCAACUGUGAGAUUCCAAGUUACUGUUGUAAAAUAUUGGUCUUCAGGAAAAAAUAACAAAAGGAAAUUUCAUCAACUUACCUAUAUUGGCUUCUUUAAGAAUGUCAGCCAGAAGUUCGCUGUACAAUCGUACGAAAGGUCCCAAUCACGAGCACAACUUCGGCCCCGAAACGUAUAACGAAGAUGAAGAUAAUUAUUCAAGAUCGUGCAUAACUUGCAGUUUUGUUGAUACUUAUGAAAAAAUGUAAAAACCACUCGUCGCACAUAUUUACUCCUGUACCUUCUGUUUAAAUUUAGAGUAGAAUUUUUUUUUCACACAUUUUGUAUACUUUUUUUCCAACAAAUAUAAAGUUAGGAAGCAAUUUAA